AUGUUACUCAGGGGGUGUUAUAGCUAUUCCUUAUAUAAAAAAAAAACAUGUCUUCUAUUUGUAGAAUACGAAAAAAUUGUUCAAACAUUUUAUAAUCAAUUAGCGCUCUAUUCCGAUAAUAAUGUUGAUCAUACACUAUGUGAACUAUUGAUUCAAACAUUGAAUGAAUCAUUGAAAACGAAUAAUGAUGCAUACAGUCUUCAUGAAUCUGUAUUAAAAUUGAGUCCAUUCAAUUUAAAUCAAUUAUUAGAACGAUCUUAUUCUCGAUCGACAAAUUCAAAAAAUCUAACAAAAAUAUCUUAUGAUGAAUUUCUAAAAUUAGCAUUUACAACAUAUCUAAAUUCAAUGAAAAAGAUUACUUAA